AUGUAUCACUCUCCAGGUGUGGCUCAGAAAUGCGGGAAUGGACGCUGGCAGUGCGAUGAUGGUCAGUGCAUCCCCCGGAGAUGGCGCUGUGACGGAAGUGGGGACUGCCUGGACGGCUCAGAUGAGAUGAAUUGCUCCUGCCCACAGGAGGACUUUGAGUGUGCUGACGCCACCAUGUGUGUGACCAAGUCAGCAGUGUGUGAUGGCCGUCCCCAGUGCAGAGACGGGUCAGAUGAACUCAACUGCAACCAAACCUCAGGCUGCCUUCUGGGCGACUGGGCGUGCAGGAAUAGGGUCUGCAUCCCCCAGGAGCUCCGCUGCAAUGGGGUGGAUGACUGUGGUGACCGUUCAGAUGAAGAGGGUUGUGGGCCUUGUGGAGAUCUGAGCUCAAUUGAAACGGUGAAAACAGAUGGUACAGGACGUCAUACCUUUAAAGAGUUCUUUAACGGAAGGACUACUCAGAGCCUGGCUGUGUUCAGUGGCUGGUUCUACUGGUCUGAUGGCAAGCGUCUGUGGCAAGCUCCUCAGACCCAGCCUGACCAAAAGAGUUUUGUUCUGAAAGCAGCACUACCGAUCCUAACAGUAUAUCACGAGCUCCAGCAGCCUCGAGGUUCUUCUCCAUGUAGAAAGUCAGACUGCCAGCUUUGCUUGCCCUCUCUAGCCAUUCGUGGCAGUUUUACCUGCUCUUGCCCCAAAGAGAAGCUUCCUGUGGCACAGGGCUCAUGUGAAAGUUUUAAGCUUGCCUAUGCAACGUCCACAAGCGUGUACACAAUGGAGUAUACAACAGAGGGUCCUGUAAAAUCUCUUCUCUUCACCUCGGAUGAAGACAUUCAGGCUUUUGAUAUUGACUGGAAAAGAGGAUGGGUGAUUUGGGCUAAUGGCACAGCAUGCACUGUCAAAGUUGACCAGAAGACUGGAAAUCUGUACUGGGUGUCUUGUGAUGAUCUGUCUAUUGGAGUCACCCACAUUAUCCUCCCUGAUGAGAGCAUCUCUCAGCAACUGUACCAGGCCAGUGAAGAGAUAAACGAUGUAUUUAUGGAUUGGCAAAGAGGCCAGUUGUACUGGCUGGAGGAUGAGCUGCAAGUAAUGAGUCUUCUAAAGAUGAGGAAGUACUCUGCUGGUAAAAAAUGGUCUAUUCCAGACCUGAUUGUAGCUGCCUAUGAGCCCUUCAUGGUGACCAUGCUCAAUGAUGUCAUCACGCUGUGGAAACGGCAGGAUGGGACGCGUGUUUGGGCGGUCAGUGUGGAGAGCGGUGUAUUUGGAGUUACCAUAGCUAUGAAAGAAGUAAAGCAAGGUGACUUCUUGUGCAAGGACAGAAAGUGCGUUAAUAGAGCACUUGUCUGUGAUGGGCACAGUGACUGUGCUGAUGGAUCUGAUGAGGUGGGUUGCCCCACUUCUGUUGCAAACACCAGCAAGGAAGCUUCCGUGAGGUGCCGUUUGGGCUCAAAACCCUGUAAGGACAGCAGUGAAUGUGUCCUGCUUAAUCAUGUAUGUGAUGGAGAGGUGGACUGUAAGGAUGGCUCUGAUGAAGAGGGAUGUGAACAUCAAUGCAGAGCAGAUCAGUUCCACUGCGCUCAUGGGCGAAAGUGUAUAGACAAGAAGCAAGUCUGUGAUGGGACUCCUCAGUGUCAGGAUCGCUCUGAUGAGAUGAACUGCUUUACACGCUCGGAAAACUGCAACCAUCACUGCGACAAUAAGACUCGCUGCAUUCCAGAAAACUUCCUGUGUGAUGGGGAGAGAGACUGUGUAGACGGCACUGAUGAAGCAGACUGCCCUUCAGCCACGGUAGCUCCUUCAGAUAAACCCUCCACUGAAACAAGCUGUAAAAGUCCCUCUGUACUGUGUGAAGGCACAUUACUGUGCAUCAAUCAGUCUCAGCUGUGUGAUGGGAAACUGGACUGUCCUGAUGGUUCAGAUGAGUUCUCGUGUCCUACUUGUCCUUUGCACUGUGAUGAAGGGGCAGUGUGUCUGACCAACCAGCAGUUGUGUGAUGGAAAAACAGACUGUAGAGAUGGCUCAGAUGAAACAAACUGCUACAAUCAAGGACGCAAAGGUACAGCAGCCUCAUCCCUGAAGUGUCCUCUUGGUUUCAAACCGUGCAGGGAUGGAAGUGACUGUAUUCUCACUAGUCAUGUGUGUGAUGGAGAGAAGGACUGCAAGGACGGGUCAGAUGAGAGCGACUGCAAGCGCAACUGUAAAAAAGGCCAAUUCCUGUGUACGAACAAGAGAAGGUGUAUAGAGCGGGCUUUUGUGUGUGAUGGCUACUCCGACUGUUCUGAUGGUUCAGAUGAGCUGCAGUGUCCUACUUGUCCUCUGCACUGUGAUGAAGGAACUGUGUGUCUGACCAGCCAUCAGCUCUGUGAUGGAAAAAUGGACUGUAGAGACGGCUUAGAUGAAAGAGACUGCUGCCAAUUUCAGUGCGGAAACGGGAGAUUGUGUAUAGAGAGGAAGAAGGUGUGUGAUGGGACUGCUCAGUGUCAGGAUCACUCUGAUGAAGUGAACUGCUGCAGUCAUCCCUGUGACAAGAACCGCUGCAUUCCAGAAACCUUCCUGUGUGAUGGAGAGAGAGACUGUGCAGACAGCAGCGAUGAAGCAGACUGUCGUGGCUUCUUGUGUAAGGACACAAGGAAGUGCAUUGAGAGAUAUCUUGUCUGUGAUGGACAACCUGACUGUACUGAUGGCUCCGAUGAGGUGGAUUGCCCCAGUGUUGCUGUAAAGGCCACAGAUGCAGGUCCAUUGAGGUGCCGUUUAGGGUCAAAACUCUGCAAGGAUGGCAGUGACUGUGUCCUCCUUAGUCAUGUGUGCGAUGGAGAAAUGGACUGUAAAGAUGGCUCUGACGAAGAGGGAUGUGACCUUCAGUGUAAUCCAGCUCCAUUGAAGUGCCGUUUGGGCUUAAAGCCCUGUAAGGAUGGCAGCGACUGUAUCCUGUAUAGUCACGUGUGUGACGGAGAAGUUGACUGUAAGGAUGGUUCAGAUGAAGAGGAUUGUGAUGUUAGUUGCAGAGCAGGGCAGUUUCAAUGUGCUCAUGGAAAGAAAUGCAUUGAUUCUAGUCUUGUGUGUGACGGGAAGCCACAGUGUCAGGAUCGCUCUGAUGAAAUGGACUGCUUUACACGCACGAAAAGCUGCAGCCAUCGCUGUGACAACAAGACCCGCUGCAUUCCAGAAAAUUUCAUGUGUGAUGGAGAGAAAGACUGUGUGGACGGCAGUGAUGAAGCAGACUGUGCACUCAAGUGUGCGAUGGAAAGAGUGACUGUCCCAGAUGGCUUCGAUGAAGAGUCUUGCCUCAAAAGAUGUCCUAAGCGAGGUGACUUCUUGUGUAAGGACAAGAGGAAAUGUGUUGAAAGGUCUCUUGUCUGUGACGGACGCAGUGACUGUGUUGAUGGCUCUGAUGAAGUGGGUUGCCCUACUGUUGCCUCAAAGACCAGCAUGGUGGCUCCCUUGGGGUGCCGUUUGGGCACAAAGCGAUGUAAGGAUGGCACUGAAUGUGUAUUACUUAGUCAUGUAUGUGAUGGAGAGGUGGACUGUAAAGAUGGAUCUGAUGAAGAGGAAUGUGAGCAUCAGUGCAGAGCAGGGCGUUUUCAGUGUGCUCAUGGAAGGAAGUGCAUAGACAUGAAGCAGGUGUGUGAUGGGACUCCUCAGUGUCAGGAUCGCUCUGAUGAAAUGAACUGCUUCAAACUGUCUGAGGAUUGCUACCAUCACUGUGACAACAGAAGCCGUUGCCUACCUAAAAGCUUUGUCUGUGAUGGAGAGAGAGACUGCUUUGAUGGCACAGAUGAGACUGGCUGUGCACCAGGGCCAUGUUGGAGUGGGCAGUUUCAGUGUGUCAGUGGCCAGUGCGUGUCCACAAAGCUCCGCUGUGAUGGUCAUGCAGACUGCCACGAUCAUUCUGAUGAGAAGGGCUGUCGUAAACCUCCGCACUGCCCACUGGGGGAGCGUUGUCCCAAUAGCCAUGAGUGCCUUCUGAAGGAGUGGCUCUGUGAUGGUCAUAAGGAUUGCACUGAUGGUUCUGAUGAACAGAAUUGCAAGUCAUCUGUGCUGCAGUGUGGGGAGUUCCAGUGGUCGUGUGCAUCUAAAAUUCAGUGCGUUCCCUCAUCUUGGAGGUGUGACGGCACAAGGGACUGUAAAGAUCAAAGUGAUGAAGCUGGAUGUGGAAAGGUGAAAUGCCCCACUCACCUGUUUCAAUGUGUAAAUGAGGAGUGUGUGAACCCUGAGCUGGUUUGUGAUGGUGUUACUCACUGUCAGGAUGGCUCUGAUGAGGGUCUGGGGUGUCUCAAUAACUGCUCCAGCUCACGAAGGCCACAAUGUGAACACUACUGUAUCAGCACUCCCCAAGGAGCGAAGUGUGGCUGUCGGGCUGGCUUUAAGCUCCAGGCAGAUGGUUUAUUUUGUGUAGAUAUAGACGAGUGCAAGGAUACUCAGCCUCCUGUGUGCAGCCAUAAAUGCCAUAACACACACGGCUCUUAUGUGUGCCAGUGUCAGCCAGGUUUCUUACUGGAGCCAGACGGCAGCACAUGCAAAAGCCCAGAGGAGCCCCAUCUUUUGGCCGCAGUGCAGUUUGAGCUGUUGUUUAAAGACCUGCGGAGCGGCAACCUCCAGAUACUGCUUCCCCCAGGGCAGACGCCCAUCUUUUCUCUGGACUAUGACUGGAUGGAACAGAAACUGUUCUGGGUUAACCUAGAGGAAGAGAGCAUCAAAUUUGCUGUCCACGGAGACAAGGGCAACAUCAAGGCACUUGUUAAAGGUGUUAAGUCAGACUCCAUUGCUGUGGACUGGGUUGGGAGGAACCUGUACUGGGUGGAUGGUGUUGCUAGACAGAUUUUGGCAGUAAGACUUGGCAGCAGUGUAGUGAAGCCCCAGAACUACAUAGUGAUUGUGGAUGAAGACCUGGAGCAGCCUCGCUCUCUGGUGCUCCUACCACAGAAAGGGAUGAUGCUGUGGUCAGAGAUUGGCAGUGAGCCACGGAUUGAGCGUGCUGGCAUGGACAGUUCACAGAGGAAGGUGGUGCUACGCCACAGUCUGAGCUGGCCUGUGGCCAUGGCUGUGGACAUUCUGACUGACAGAAUGUACUGGACAGAUGAGAAGCUCAAACAUAUUGCUUCAGCCACACUGGAUGGAGAGGACAUCAGGAUCCUGCAGCUCACUGAGACCCCAAGCCCCUUUUCUGUGGCAGUGUUUAAUGACAUGGUAUAUUGGUCCGACACCCAGAGGCGAGCAAUUCUUGGGGCUCACAAAACUACCGGCAAGAACUGUACAGUUAUUCUAAAAAGACCUGGUCAGCCAUUUGGGCUCAAAGUUGUCCAUCCACUUAUGCAGCCUAAGCUGUCUAGGCCCUGUGAGAGCCUCAGAUGUUCCCACAUCUGUCUGCUGACCCCAGGAUUACAGGCAGUAUGUCGCUGCCCAGCUGGGCUACUGUUGGCUAAAGAUGGAGUCACUUGUAGCCCACUUGAAGACUCCUCUUCAUUCCUCCUAAUGCUUUCUCCUUCUGUGCUCACUCAGAUUUAUACCAGAAGCUUGCGUGGGGAGGUUGGAUUAAAGCAGUGGCCCGAACACCGUGCCUUGGCUCUUCCUGGCAUAAAUGGAGCUACAGGUAUAGACCUGGUCCUCCAAGACAACAUGCUGUACCUAGCAGAUUCCAGCCAGCCCUCUGUGGCUCAGCUUAAACUGGAAGAAUCAGGCCUUGUGCCUGAGGGCGAUCCUCUGCAGCUGUUGGGAGACACAGUGACUGCUCUGGCUGUGGACUGGAUCACACAUAACCUGUACUGGAGCAGCAUCAAGCAGCCCCAGAUCUACGUCUCCUCACCCGGCUGGAAGUACACCGCCAUGGUGGUGCAGGCUAAACUCCAGGACACCACCUCCAUUGCACUACACCCACCCACAGGCAGGCUGUGCUUUACGGCUGUGGAGCUGGGAGACAGCAAAAUCCUGCCUCAGGUGGACUGCGCCUCUAUGAACGGCCAGAACCGCAUGGUGCUGUGGAAAAAGACACAGAUGCCUAUGUUUCUGACCUUCUCCAGCCAGGGCUCAACAGUUUACUGGGCAGAUAUUUCUGCUGAAGUUAUUGCCUCUGUGGACAUUGAUGGCUCCAAUUACAGAGAGUAUAAAACUGGACCUCCCUUAAUUGUCUCUUUUGCCAGAAGCGAGAAUAUCCUCUUCUGGGUCACCCUCUACAAUGGCACAACCAAAGUGUGGUACAGUGAUGGCGUCCAGCCUAAAAAGAUGUGGUUUGAAGUGCAGACCAACAUUGUUGCAUUGAAAGCUUUCAGCAAACACAGCCAGAAAGGAUCCAACCUGUGUGCUGAAAACAAUGGGGGUUGCAGCCAGCUGUGUCUGGCAUAUCCUGGUGGGCGUACAUGCCACUGUACGCAGGGCUACCUCGUCGUAAACGCAACCCAAUGUGUAUCCAGUCCGGAGUGCCCAGCAGGCAGUAAACCAUGCAGGAAUGGACAUGAGUGUCUGUCCAGUGUCAAGUUUUGUGACAGAGUUCCAGACUGUCAUGAUGGCUCAGAUGAAGAGGACUGCACAUACAUGAAGGUCAAGCCCGGUUUCAAACACAGAAAGCCUUCUGCUCCAGGCUCAGCUGGUAUUGCUGGCUCCCCUCAGGAUAAUGAGGUGUUGGUACGCACACUGGGCGGUCAGUCCUGCAACUCUGAGCUGUGUAAUGGCCGAGGUCGAUGUGUGAUGCAUAAGGGGGAGCCAGGCUGUGAGUGUGUGCAGGGCUACAGUGGAACAUACUGUCAGGAAGGAGGAUCCAGCAGUGCUCCUGUUGUCCUUUCCGUUCUCUUCAUCAUUGCAAUAGUCAUCGCUGCUGCUGUGAUUUUAAAGAGGAGAAGAGACAAAGAAGCAAGGGGGCAGCCCACUGACAAGGAGACACUCAUGAAGGACAUGGAGGAACAUGAGGAACCUGAGGCUCAUCCUCAAAACUUUGUCAAUGAACUCUACAACCCUAAAGAGGAGUUGUUUUUUCCCCUCACAAACGCCUUCUUCCAUGUUCCCUUCACGCUGAAUUCUUACAAGUUGCUGACUACCGCCUUUCACCUGGAAAGUGCCCUGAUAGCUUGGAGUGAUAUCCACCCUGUACUUGGAGAGCCGGUGAAGCUUUUAGGAAAGCGUGACAUGCCUAGCCUCACCGCCGACCUUCAGAGACUGAUGGACUGCAGUGCUCAACGGUGCAAUGGCCGUGGCGAGUGUGUGACAGUGGAUGGCUUGCCAGAGUGUGAAUGUAUGCUGGGCUACAGGGGGGACACCUGCAGGGAGACGGUGAACGGCGGGCUGUCUGUUCCUCUCACGCUGGGGGUCCUGGGUGUCCUCGUUGGCUUGAUUAUUGUGGCUUUCCUCUUUGCAUACUUUCGACAGAAGAGAAAAGCACAAAUAAGGGAGCAGGCAGCUGCUGCAAAGGAGGCCCUGAAAAGAAAUGGGGACGUUCAUUCCCUUCCACACAGUGAAACAGGAAACAAGAGCCCGACAGUAUAAAACAUCUCCACCUCGACAAAACAGAAUAUCUCCUGCAUCAUUUCGCUCAUUGCACUUGCUUGGAAAUGUGUCUCAUUUUGUGACCUUCUUCUUCAGCAAAACACCAUGCACUUAUUAUUUUAGAAGAAAAGGGAAGGACAGGAUCCUGUGGCCAGGUGCUCCUUAGAUGUGUGUACAUGAUCAUGAUAAUGAUACAUUCAGAGUGUUUAUAUCACCUUACCGUGCUUUCUUGUUAUUAAAGCAUACAGUGUCUUUUGCUCAUGUACAAUUGAACAGGCCAGUGAAGUAGCCAAAAGUCUGAUUUUAUGGUAUGUAGAUGGACAAAUAUGUUAGGCAAAUGAGGGGAAAAGAGAAAACAUCACAUUUAUGCUUCAUAUGCUUCAACUGCUGGUUUACAGACAAAACAUUAUACAAUUUAAGCAGCACUAUGUAAGAUUAUUUGUUAUAACUGAAAGAAGUAGCAUUACAGAUUUAUAAAAAAAAAAAACAUGCUAACAUAUGGUGAGCACUGCAAGUUGCCCUGUAAAGCCUAAAAUAAUACUUUAAAAGUCAGAGGCUUUAGGUCGGAUUUGGAAGGAGUUUUCCAGACCGCAUUAUACAUCUUUACGCGUGAACAUUACACGCACUGGCUCAGUGUUUGGUGCUCAAAGGCAAAAUCAACAUUAUACU